AUGGGCUUUUUUGACGGAUUUGCGUUCGUUAGCCCGGGCGCCUCUAAAACUUACCGGAUGUGUUCGCGGCUGGACCAAGGAUCAAACACAGGGGGCAUCGUCCACGUCCACGGUUUGGACAAUCUCAGUAUACCUAGUAGUGGGGUCUACCAGGAGUUCGCAAUUAGAAAUUAUCUUCCUCGUCGUUCUAUAGCUAGAUCAAACGCUUUAAGGAAACGUCAAAUGAAUUGGGCCCUCGGAGUCGCAAAAAGAAGACAACGCUUCCGAUUCGCAGCAGGAGUUCAAAGGGCGACUCAUUAA